CUGACACACACAGGCACACACACACUGACACACACAGGCACGUAUAUAAACUCGGCAAAGUGACGACAGCAGCAGAAUUCUGCGGCAAGGGCGAAGCUGACGACGCCGCUGACGCCGCCGCUGCUGUGCUCAGUUCGCUCCUCUCGAGCGCCGGGGCAUGUUGUGAGAAGUGCCCAUGCCUUUCCAUUUCCCCAGCAGUCCUCUCUCGGAGCGGAGCGCAGCCAUGGGCAAAGGCUGCAGGGUGGUGGUUUGCGGACAGGCGUCUGUGGGCAAGACAGCCAUCCUGGAGCAGGUGCUCUACGGCAGCCACGUGGUCGGCUCCCAGAUGCACGAGACACAGGAGGACGUGUUUGUGGCGUGGGUGGAGACGGAGCGUGGCGUGCGGGAGCAGGUGCGUCUCUACGACACGCGGGGGCUGCGCGACUCGCCCUCCGAGCUGCCCCGCCACUACCUGGCACUGGCUGACGGCUUCCUGCUCGUGUACAGCGUGGACAAUGUGCAGUCCUUUCGCAAGGUGGAGGCACUAAAGAAAGAGAUUGACCGAGCAAGGGACAAGAAAGAGGUGACGGUUGUCGUCCUAGGAAACAAGAGUGACCUCCGCGCCAAUCGGGCCGUGCGGUUGGAUCAGGCCCAGCAGUGGGCCCGGAUGGAGAAGGUGCGUCUCUGGGAGGUGUCGGUGACAGACAGGAGGACCCUGUUGGAGCCACUUGUCUUUCUCGCCAGCAAGCUAACCCAGCCACCCAGCAAGCCCGCCUUCCCGCUGCCCCGCCGCAGCAAGGGGGGCACCUCCGAAAACUGAGGAUGCGUUUUUUUGCAGGGGUGCAGUCACCAAAAGUUAUAGCCCAAAUCAUUGUACUUUUGAAUCAGCAUAUUUUUCCCUUCAACUAGGCAACAUAAAUGUUGAUUAUGCCAAUUAUGGAACAUAUAAAUGCAAUGUAGCGCACAUUGUGCACUUAGAACCAAGUCAAUAACCAGUAGUUGUGUAAAUUUAUAUAAAUAUAGUACGGUAGAAUUCCACGUAUCUGUGGCCCUAUUGCCCACGACUCCAAUUAUUUAUUGCACCAUAUUCUAACCAAUAGCCACCGGGAACCAUUUGCUAGUAGGACAUCCCUCAACUUCUGAAGUUGCGGCUGCACCCCUGGUUUGAGACAUGGCUUGUCUUCCAGUUGCCUGUGUAUUUUAACUCUUAGUUCUAUCAUUCUCAUUAUGUUAUCACUUAUUGUGUUCUUAUUUUGGAUUUAAUGAAGUGGUUUGAGUGCUUUGCCAUUAGGGCGCCAGAUUGUGAGGGUACAGUGGUUUACAUCCUGGCUUCUGCUCAGUGCUGCCGAUAGACAUUGUAAUGUCUGCUGUGAAUUUUUGGCAUUAAAUACCCUAAUGCAAUGAUUAAGUUUUUACCACGUUUGAGUAUCCAGUAUUCCAGAGUUGUAACACAAAAAAAAGAAAAACAUAUGGGUUCCUUAUAUUUUCCAGAUUAAAAAGACCCUGUCAUUACUAUCAAGGUAAUAAUUGGCAAUUGAUCGUGAUUAAUAUUCCUGACCUUCAGCAGUGUUUAUACAUUCAAUCUCAUUUCUGUAAAUGAGUAGCUUGCGUUUGAAGAACCUUAAUUACUUCCUGUGCCUCAUACCGAGUCUUGCAAUAAUUAUGGAUUAAAAUGUUUCUGCUUAUGCGCAUGAUGCAAUUUAAUUGCGAAUGUUUAUUUGAAGCAUUAAUCUAUAUAUUGAGCUGCUUGUAUAUACGGUGAAGUUUUAACCUUUGGCUAAAAUCCAUUCCCAAGGUGCUGAAUUGUUUUUUUCUGCAAGCCGCAGCUCGUUUGAACGAUUUCUGGUCCGAUCCGAUAAAUGGCUGAAUGUCUGGGUAAUGUCGGUGUAACCUUCUACAAAAUAUUUUCAACAAAUGAAUUUCAUAACUUGAGUGGAUUAUGAUUUCAAGCAUAGACUAUGCACAUACAUGAACUAGAGCUAUCAUUUGGAAGCUGCUGCUCUGCGCUAGAAAGGGCAUAGAUUAUAAUAAUCGGCUCAGAGAAAAAUGAAGUGCUAACCUGAGAUGAAAUAGUUGGGGCUGCUUUUUGUUUAGUCUUUACUCGUGUAAACAAGUUUGUAUUUUCUCGUCAUAUGCAUUGUAGUGCACCAUAUGUUGUUACUAUGUUUUUUGUUUUUUUUUAGAGUCUGCAUGCUGAGUCGUAUGUUGUUUGUUUUAAUACUGAACUCUCACUUACAGGAAGUAUUACGCUUUUAAAUCAGAAUAUAACGAGUCCCGAGUGCUGUAAUUCGAGUGCUAAGCAGCUGCACAAAGGCUCCUUUACUCUUGUAACCGCAUGCCCUUACCGCUGAAGGUUAUCACAAUGACAAACUUCCUUGUUGUGCAGAGCCACGGUUUGCUGGAAAGUGGGAUUUGUGCUGAGUGCGAGAAAGAAAAGGAAGUCACAUGAGAAAUGAUGAAAGUUCAUGAAUUACGCUACACGAAUACAGUGCGUUAUUUAAUUAAUUACAUAAUUACACUAGGUUUAUGAAGUUAAUCGAAAGAGAAUGUGCAGUCCUCUGACAAUCCACUGCUGGAUGAAUGCCUUACCACACCACGACGGUCAAACGGGUUCUUUGUGGUGUGUGGUGUCUAAACCCAAGUCUUAGGACUCACCCCUUCACUAACUCCCACUGACCAGUGUGGUGAAGUAUGGUCAAACAGACCCUCCACCACGGUACGGGGAGGCCUUCAUUAACAUAAUAUUGGCAGUAAAUUCCAGAAAUAAUGACAGUAUAUGCAUUAAGCAGUAUUUGUGUUGGGUCCGUACCUUAAAAUGAGAAUAUGUUUGUUCUGCUCAUUUGUUGCUGCCGUGCUGUUUUGUGUUCCAAAAGACACAACCAAAACAAUGCCGUGAAUUAUUACUGCACUAUUGUAUUAACAAGCCUUUCAUUGCAUGUUCAUGUUGGUCAUAAAAUAUGCUGUGUUAUACCUGCCAUACCCAGAGAAAGAUUUGCUGUGUAGGUUUAUAUGCAUGCCAAAUACAGUAUAUGCAAUGCAUUGUUAUAAGCUAUACAUUUAUUUAUGACAGUGUUAUUCGAGUUGUUGAUGUAUUACUGCGAGUGCUUGACUUAUGUGUGAGGGAAAUUUAUUAAUUUCGUCAACCUAACACGCAGUUCAUUUACAUAUGGUUGAUCUUUUGCAUUUAUUGCUUGUUGUUUGCAAAUGUCUCCCUUUUGCAGAGCACUGUGAGUGUGGCAUUGGUCUGUCUGUAGUUCUAGGAAAAUAGCCUAAUACUAUAAUAUACUUUGGUGCUUUGAUCCUGGUUUUGAAAAUUGCUGUUCAACAACGAUGACCGGUAUUUUUUCAUGCUCGGCCAAAUGCUAAACGAACCAAAAAGGGACUUGUACUUAUGGGAAUGCACAUCGCAUGUAAUCAAUAUAUACCUAUACAUGCACAAUAAACAAAACAUUUUACACGUA